AGAAAACAUAAACAGUUUGUGCCGACUGCUUUGCACAUUUCUUCUUGCAAAACGGAUGAAAUAGAGCCUGAAAAUGAGGAUAAGUGUCGAUGGUUUGUUGGUGUAUUUUCCGUACGAGUACAUCUACCCAGAGCAGUACGCGUACAUGCUCGAACUGAAGCGCACCUUCGAUGCGAAGGGGCACUGCCUGCUGGAAAUGCCCUCGGGAACUGGUAAAACCACGACUCUGCUCUCCCUCAUCGUUGCCUACAUCAUGGAGAAUCCGCACAUCGUCCGCAAGCUAAUCUACUGCUCACGUACCGUACCGGAGAUCGAGAAAGUAAUCGCCGAGUUAAAGCACCUGAUGAACUACUACGAAAAGCAAACCGGCGUCAUGCCGAACAUCACCGGUUUGGUGUUGAGCUCGCGUAAAAACAUGUGCGUCCAUCCGGAGGUGAGCAGGGAGCGGGAGGGAAAAAUUGUGGAUGCCCGGUGCUAUGGAAUGACGGCAAGCUACGUGCGGGACAGGGCAGCGCACGAUGAGACGGCCCCGGUAUGCCAGUACUACGAAGGUUUCCAGGCGGAGGGCAAAGAAAGUCUCCUACCGCCCGGUGUAUACUCGAUCGAUGAUUUGAAAGAGUUUGGCCGGGAGCGCAACUGGUGUCCGUACUUUUUGUCCCGUUUUGCCAUCAAUCAGGCGCACGUGGUUGUUUACAGCUACUACUACCUGCUGGAUCCAAAGGUGGCGGAAGUGGUGUCCAAAGAGCUGGCCCGUGAAUCGGUAGUCGUUUGCGACGAGGCACAUAAUAUCGACAACGUAUGCGUCGAUUCAAUGAGCGUCAAAAUCAAUCGACGAUUGAUUGAACGCAGUACGACCGGCAUUCACAACCUCGAGAAGCAGGUGGCAGAACUAAAAGAAGACGACAAGCGUCGAUUGAACGAUGAAUACGUGCGCCUAGUGCAAGGCUUGAAGGAUGCUUCGUACUCGCGUGAAACAGACAUGGUGCUCGCGAACCCAGUCUUGCCGAACGAAAUCCUCAAAGAAGUCGUCCCAGGGAACAUCCGUAAUGCGGACCAUUUCCUAAGCUUCCUUAAACGUUUCAUUGAGUACAUCAAAUCCAGGCUUCGGGUUCAACACGUCGUACAGGAAAGUCCAGCCGGUUUCUUGCGUGAUGUUCAGCAGAAAGUGUGCAUCGAAAGGAAACCGCUCCGCUUCUGUGCCGAUCGGUUGCAGUCACUGCUGCGUACACUCGAAAUCACCGACCUCAGCGAGUAUGGUCCACUUUCCGUGAUAACGUCCUUCGCCACGCUCGUUUCAACCUACACGAAGGGUUUCACAAUCAUUAUUGAACCGUUCGACGACAAAACACCAACCGUUUCGAAUCCGAUCAUGCACUUUAGCUGCCUCGAUUCGUCGAUCGCAAUGAAACCGAUCUUUCAACGGUUUCAAAGUGUAGUGAUCACUUCCGGUACACUUUCGCCCAUGGAUAUGUAUCCGAAGAUACUCGACUUUGAGCCCGUGGUGAUGAGUUCGUUCACAAUGACGCUUGCCAGACCCUGCUUGCUGCCGAUGAUUGUUGCUCGUGGUAACGAUCAAGUUGCCAUCUCGUCACGUUUUGAAACUCGAGAAGAUACGGCGGUGACGCGCAACUACGGUCAAUUGCUGGUGGAGACGGCCAAAACCGUACCGGAUGGUGUGGUGUGCUUUUUCACGUCCUACCUGUACCUCGAAUCGGUCGUUGCGUCCUGGUACGAUCAGGGAAUUAUCGAUACACUCCUACGCUACAAGCUGCUUUUCAUCGAAACGCAGGACAAUGCGGAAACAUCGUACGCGCUGAUGAACUACGUCAAGGCAUGUGAGUGUGGACGCGGCGCUGUUUUGCUGGCCGUUGCCCGUGGUAAAGUUUCCGAGGGUGUCGAUUUCGAUCAUCAUCUCGGACGUGCGGUGCUUAUGUUCGGCAUCCCGUACGUCUACACGCAGUCGCGCAUUUUGAAGGCUCGGUUGGACUACUUGCGCGAUCAGUUCCAGAUACGCGAGAACGAUUUCCUUACCUUUGACGCACUGCGACAUGCGGCACAGUGCGUUGGCCGUGCUAUUCGUGGUAAAACCGAUUAUGGUAUUAUGAUAUUCGCCGAUAAACGCUUUUCGCGCCAGGAUAAGCGUGGCAAACUGCCCAAAUGGAUUCAGGAGCAUCUGACCGAUAACCUGAGCAAUCUCAGCACGGAGGAAUCGAUGCAGCUUGCUAAACGCUGGUUAAGGCAAAUGGCACAACCAUUCACGCGGGAAGAUCAACUCGGUGUGUCCUUACUCACUCUGGAGCAGUUGCAGGGCAUGGAACGGGAAAAGCUGGAAAAACAGGCCCAAGGCAAAUAAAUCGUAGUUUUUCUGGUUUCAAUUUCUUUUCGUUCGCCAUUUUAAAAAUGUAAAUAAUUACAGAAAUGAAGUACAUCAUCUGUUUCCGUCAACGAA